AUGGUCAGUUAUUGCGAAAAUGAUGUUGAUUGCAGACGUCUCUUACAACUUCUGCAUUUUGGAGAAAAAUUUGAUUCUGGGAACUGUGGGAAUACAUGUGAUAAUUGCUCUAAGAUCAAAACUCUAGUGGAGAAGGAUGUCACUGAGAGCGCAAAACAAUUGGUUGAACUGGUGAAGUUAACUAGGCAGCAAUUUUCAUCAUCUCACAUUUUAGAAGUCUACAGGGGUUCCUUAAGCCAAUUUGUCAAGAAAUACAGACAUGAGAAAUUGAGCCUUCAUGGAGCUGGAAAACAUCUACCCAAGGGUGAAGCUUGCCGUAUAUUGCGUUAUCUUGUUAUUGAGGAUUUUCUUGCUGAGGAUGUUAAGAAAAGUGAUAUUUAUGGAUCUGUAUCAUCAGUGUUAAAGGUGAACGAAUCCAAGGCAUACAAACUACACUCUGGGGGGGCAAAGGAUUGUUUUAAGGGAAAAUGUGAGGCAACUUCAGCAAGAGGCUCACUCGUGCCAGGGAAGUUUUGUGCUCCACAAGCUGGCAUCCCUGUCCAAUCUCAAUCUGAAGUGGACUUGAACCUGUCGGCCAAACUAUAUUCUGCUUUGAGAAUGCUUCGGACUGUUCUUGUUAAAGAAGCUGGAGAGGGAGUUAUGGCAUACCACAUAUUUGGGUGA